AAAGAAACAUUUGUCACUUUUCAUUGCAUUUCGCAUCUGUAAUUACAAUUUUUACAAUAACAAAAAAUGAAUAGCAAAAUAAUUUUUAUAUUAUUAUUAUAUCAUUUUGGUGCAUUUUAUGUAAAAAUGGAACCAAUUCUAACUCUUUCACAAGGCAUUUUAAAUGGUACCUUUCAACAAUCGAGAAAUGGAAGAAUUUAUUCCGCCUUUCUUGGAAUUCCCUACGCAGAACCACCAAUUGGAAAUUUGAGAUUCACAAGUCCUCAAGCAGCAAAAAAUUGGAAUGGAAUAAGACAAGCGAAUACUUUUGGAAAUCGAUGUCCUCAAUUUCAAGGUAUGGAGGUUCGAGGCAAUGAAGAUUGUUUAUUUCUAAAUGUUUAUACACCAAUUUUAAAAUUCAAUUCCAAAUCGGAAAACAAUGAGCAAUCUUUACUACCAGUUAUGGUUUGGAUUCACGGUGGUGCAUUUGUUAUGGGAAGCAGUAAUAAUUUUCGAGCUCAAUUUCUUUUAGACAAGGACAUUAUUUUAGUAACGUUUAAUUAUCGUUUGGGAAUUUUUGGAUUUUUUACAACUGGUGAUUCAUCAUCGCCAGGUAAUUAUGGUUUGAAAGAUCAAGUUCAAGCUUUAAAAUGGGUUCAGGAGAAUAUCAAAUCAUUUGGAGGUGAUCCACAAAAUGUUACAAUUUUUGGAGAAAGUGCCGGUGGUGCAAGUGUUGCUUUUCAUGCUAUUUCUGAAGCAAGUAAUGGUCUUUUUCAUAAAUACAUAAUACAAAGUGGUACUUAUUUAAGUCCUUGGGCUUAUCAAAGCAAGGAUGAACUAAAACCAUACAUAAGAGGAAUUGGUGCAUUGCUUUUUUGUCCUCUAAUAUUUUCCGAAAGACUCGUUAAUUGUAUGCGAACAAAAAGUGUAAAAAGCUUAAUGGACACAAGUUCUAUAUUUGCAAUAAUUUCAUGGACUCCAACCGAUGAACCAAAUAUUAAAGGAGCAUUUUUAACGGAUAAUCCAGCAAACUUAAUGGACCAAAUGAAAGAUUUGCCCUUUAUUAGUGGAAUUACCGCUGACGAAGGACUGGUUGUAUCUAGUUUUUUGAGGGUGAAUAAAUAUAUACCUAGUGUCAUCAGAUACAUUUUUGAACCUGUACUAUCAUUUGUAAACAAUUACUAUCUUAACAAAAAUAAGAAUUCAAAUCUCACUCUGAAUGUUAAUAAUUUUUACUUUAAUGAACGCGCCAUGACAGAAAGCAAUGAAAUGUUUUUAGAAAAUGUCACAAGAUUUUCAACAGAUGCAUUCUUUUUCUAUCCACAACUAAAAAUGUUACAAACUGUAACGCCAAAGAUGAAAAAUUCAAACUAUUUUUAUAAUUUUGGCUAUCGAGGAACAUUUAGUUUUACUAAUUUAACAUCGGGUAAUAAUGACAAUAUUGGAGUAUCACACACUGAUGAACUUAAUUAUUUAUUUCCAAUAUCUCAAGAUGAAUAUAAUAUGAAAUCAGCUAAUUACACGAAAAAUGAUGAAUUUAUGAUAGAUGUCAUGACUGAUCUUUGGACUUCGUUCGCAAUAAAUGGAAAACCAACUUCAAAAAAUUUAAAUCCAUCUGAUCUUUGGAUACCAUAUGAUUCAGAAAAUCAAACUCAUCUUAUGAUUGGCGACAUUAAUAAUAACACAAAUCCAUUAAUAACACUUUCUCAUUCCUUUUAUCCUAAUCGAAUGAAUUUUUGGAAAAAGCACGCUCCCGAGUGGUCUUAUAUUGCUCUUAAAAAUUUGAUUGAAAAAUUAAUUUCUAUUUGUUAUUUAAAGAAAAAGAAAAAAUGCAUUAGCAUUCACUCUUAUAAAAUUAUAUUUUUCAUAAAAAUGAAAUACAAAAUAAUCUCUUUAUUAUUGUUAUACUUUUUUAAUGGAUUUCACAUAACAAUACAAACAAUUGUAACUGUUUCUCAAGGGAAAUUAAAUGGUACUUUGCAACAAUCUAGAAAUGGAAGAAAUUAUUCAGCAUUUCUUGGAAUACCUUACUCCGAACCACCAAUUGGAAAUUUAAGAUUCAAAAAUCCUCAACCAGCAAAAAAUUGGAGUGGAAUACGUCAAGCAAAUUCUUUUGGAAAUGUAUGCCCGCAAUAUGACAAAGGUGAUAUUAUAGGAAGUGAAAAUUGUUUAUUUUUAAAUGUUUAUACACCAAAAUUAGAUUUCAACUCCUCAUCUUUGGAACAAUCAUUACUUCCCGUCAUGGUUUUUAUUCACGGAGGUGUAUUUAUUUUUGGUAGUGGUAAUUUUUUCGGAGCUGAAUUUCUUUUAGAUAAAGAUAUUAUUUUAGUAACAAUAAAUUAUCGUUUGGGAAUAUUUGGAUUUUUUACAACUGGCGAUUCAUCAUCGCCAGGUAAUUAUGGUUUGAAAGAUCAAGUUUUAGCUUUAAAAUGGAUUCAAAAAAAUAUCAAAGCAUUUGGUGGUGAUCCAAAUCAAGUUACAUUAUUUGGAGAGAGUGCAGGUGCAGCUAGUAUUACUCUACAUGCAAUUUCCAAUGAGACUAAUGGUCUUUUUCAAAAAUAUAUAUUACAAAGUGGAAGUUUUUUAAGUCCCUGGGCAUAUCAAAAUAGUGAGGGAGUAAAAUUACAUAUUAAAGGAAUUGCCGGACUACUUUUUUGUCCAUUUAUAUUUUCAAAAAAUCUCGUUAAAUGUAUGCAACGAAAAAGUGUGAAAAGAUUAAUGGACACAAGUUCAUUGUUUGCAUUAUUAACAUGGACACCAACAAAUGAACCAAAUAUUGAAGGAGCAUUUUUAACUGAAAAUCCAGCAUUUUUAAUUGAUCGAAUAAGAGAUAUGCCAUUCAUGUGUGGAAUUAAUAAAAAUGAAGGAUUAUUAGUAUCGAGUUUAUUAAAAAUAAAUAAAUUUUUGACUAGUCUCAUUAAAUUUAUUAAAACACCAAUAAUUUAUUUCGUAAUUAAUUUCUAUCUUAACGGAUAUAAAAAUGUCAAUCUUUCAAAGGCAGUCAAUAAUUUUUACUUCAAUAAAGAAGCUAUGAAUGGAGACAAUCAACUGUUCGUGAGAAACGCCACAAGAUUUAUAUCAGAUGCUUUUUUCUUUUAUCCACAAUUAAAAAUGUUGCGAACAGUAACGCCAAAAAUGAAAAAUUUCAAUUAUUUUUAUAAUUUUGGUUAUCGUGGAACAUUUGGUUUUACUAAUGUGACAACUGGCAAUAAUAAAAAUAUUGGCGUAUCACACACAGAUGAGCUUAAUUAUUUAUUUAAAUCAUAUCCACAAGAUUUUGGUCUAAAAUCAAAUUACACGAAAAAAGAUGAAUUUAUAAUCGAUGUUAUGAUUGAUCUUUGGACUUCGUUUGCAAUAAAUGGAAAACCAACUUCCAAAAAUUUAAAUCCAUCUAAUCUUUGGAUGCCAUUUAAUCCCGAGAAAAGUACUUAUCUUAUGAUUGGAGAUAUUAAUAAUAACACGAAACCUUCAAUAUCAAUUUCUAAUUCAUUUUAUCCAGAAAGAAUGAAUUUUUGGAAAAAAUAUGCUCCCAUAUGGUUUUAGUCUAAAAUCAUUAAAAAUGAUAUAAAGAAAAAUUUACACAUGACCUAGGAGGAAUAAAAGAAGAAAAAAUUUCGCAAUAAAUUUUAACAAUAACUACGUUUUUUUUUUAAAUUCAAAUAAACAAAUAAUUUUCCGUGAUAUGGUUAAAAAACAA